CCUCCUCCUCCCCUCCUCUCACUAGUCGCGGGGAGUGCACGCUUCUCUAAAUAGCUGUGCUCUUAGUUUGUUUUUUGUUUGUUUGUUUUUUUACCGAUGUAGCGACCGUAGCUUCCCACAAAUAUUUUUUACGCCAUUUUUAAAUUUGUGGUAACUACAGCGAUUAUUCGAGUAUUUCCGUGUUAGGCGACGUACUUUUAAACUUUUCGCACGGUUGGAUUAACACACUAUCAAGCGAGCCGCAGGUGCCAGGAUGGAUGAAGCGGAGAAGUACCAACAGCGACUGGAGGCCAUCGCUGAGAAGCGACGUCUGCAGGAGGAGCAAGAGCGAGCCAAGAGAGAGAUGGAAGAUGAAAAACUCAGGCUGCAGCAGCUCAAGAGGAAGUCUCUGAGGGAUCAGUGGUUGAUGGAGGGAGCUCCUUUGUCCCUCUCCUCAAUGGAUUCCCAAAGCCCAGACGCCUCUUCAUUGGCCUCUCAGGAGGUGGGAAAGCACAGGUUGCUAUCACAGAACGUGGGUUUUGCAGGGAACGAUGAGAAAGAACAGACCACAGAGGACCAAACGGAAGCAGCAGGAAUGGAAGCAGGAGAUAUGGAUGCGGUUCUGCAGAACACAGACAUCAAGACAAGAUCAGGGACGCUCAAGGAUGAUAUGAACCCAAUCCAGAUAUCGCGUGAAGAACCACCAUCUGUUCUGCUGAAUGGCGAAGGGGACUUUAAAUCAAGCUUCAAACAUCAAAGUGAUGAAACUUUGGAGAAGUCAACCACAAAUGGACCAAGAGUGACCGUCACUGUGGAGUACCACAGCCAACACAUUCCUCACCUAAGCUGUACCAAGGUGGACGAAGGUGUUACGGUCAUGCGAGCCAAACGCGUUGUCCUCUUGGAUGAUGACAAAGUUGCACUGCAAAAGCAUCAGAAGUCCACUACUGAAGAUGAAGGGACUGUGAAGGUGCAAAUAACUCCAGAAGCUUCAACACAGUCCGCAGAAGAAGAAACGAGUGCAACUGAGGAGACGAAAGACCUCGGCAACGUAGAGGCUUCAGGUCCCGUGGAGGAUGUUCUGGUUGCUCCGGUACCAGUUUACGCUGAGUCACAACCCUCUUGCCCUGCUUCGAAGGAACCACAUGCACAGAAAGAAGAGGAAGCAAUCACAGCAGCUUCAGAAGUUUCCGAAACAACCUCAAAAGCCCAAGGCGAUGCUGUUGCCACGUCCCCUCAGUUCCAGGAAGUCACCCUUAACGACCACCUUGAGAACAACAGGACUGAGGUGCGACCCCCAGAGAUGGAGCCCUUUCUUGAGGAGGCCUCGGGCGUCCCGGAUGAAGCUGCCACUGAGAAACCAGCAGGGGCCGCGCAAGCACCCAGGAAGAAAACAUUCCAGUGCUGCUCGGUCAUGUAAGCUCAACUAAUAUGCGAUCAAAACACUUUGUGUUCUCUCAUCAUGUAAAUUAAUAUGUCCUUGAUUAUGAAUACACUGUAGCCCCUGAAGUCCAUUUUAAAACGUGCACUCCAGGUUUUACAAAGAAUGGCUUUUUUAAACUCAGUUCCACUGACUUAAUUAUGCCCCUGGACUUAGUUCAGUCACUAAUUAAUGUGGUUCUCUAGCAUAAUUUAUACAUUUUAAAGGGGCCAUACUCAGAAACAUUAAGCACUUAUUGACACACGCUACUACUUAUAGUAGGCUUGGGUCCCGUUUAGGUCCUCUUUCUUUUAAAAUGUACGUUUAAAUUUAUCCUAGUAGGCUGCUCAGUUCCUGUUGGCGCUGUGCUAUUAUGGCCAUUACAGAUGUCCUCAAAUUUCCUUAUAUGGAAGCCUAAAAAAGUGGCCCAUUUAUAUUUUUGUUUCGUUUUUCACACCCUCCCCAUUUUAACACAAGCCAUGAUUAUUUUUUUCUUUUUGCUAUUGAUGUCUAGAUUUACUAUAUAAUGAAAAUGAACUCAAACUUUUAAUGCAGUGAGAUUAAAAGGCUUUAUUACAAAUGGGUUUAUGCACAUAUAUAAUUCAUUUUAAUGUGAAUUCAAAAGUUUUUGUGAAAUGUUUUGAGUGGUUUAUAGAGGAUAUUUUUCUAUUAAGGAGCUGUAGUGCUGAAGUAUUUAAUAAAUGUGGGAAUGGAAUUGAUAUGUGGCUUUUUUUUUUUUUUUUUUCUAAAGCUUGGUCGUGCAUGUUGACUUUUUUUUUUUGUAACCCUCUGUGCCAUUGACAGUGAUAGACAUCCAAUCAUGAGACCCUUUUUGGUCUUCUGCUGUGCUGUAAGUUAGAUUAUGACUAAUACAACAGACAUCAAUAAGACAUCCAAUCCAUUUAAACCGGAGGGGCUGUCAGCGAAUGAAUACAAUUUACAUGGAUUGGACGUCUGUCGCCAUCAGUGGCAGCCUAUGAGUUAAUGCAAGGUACAUAAUAAUUAUUCACCUCGAUUGUGUAUCUCUGACUGAUAUUCAAUUUCAAGGGUCAAUUUCUCAUUCAACACAUUUUUACUGAAGUAAAAAUUAUUCAUAUUUAGCCAGGUCUCAGUACAUACAGUGGGGAGAACAAGUAUUUGAUACACUGCCGAUUUUGCUGGUUUUCCCACUUGCAAGCCAUGUAGAGGUCUGUAAUUUGUAUCAUAAGUUCUCUUCAACUGUGAGGGACGGAAGCUAAUACAAAAAUCCAGAAAAUCAUAUUGUAUAAUUUUUAAAUAAUAAAUUUGUAUUUAACUGCUGCAUGAAAUAAGUAUUUGAUACAUUACCAACUAGUAAAUAUUUCGGCUCUUAGUUCUUUUUUAAGAACCCCUCCUGUUCUCCACUCACUACCGGAAGUAACUGCACCUGUUUGAACUUGUUACCUGUAUAAAAGACACCUGUUCACAUGCUCAAACAAACAAACUCCAACCUCUCCACAAUGGCCAAGACCAAAGAGCUGUGUAAGGACAUCAGGGAUAAAAUAAUAGACCUGCACAAGGCUGGGAUGGGCUACAGGAAAAUAAGCAAGCAGCUUGGUGAGAAGGUAACAACUGUUGGAGCAAUUAUUAGAAAAUGGAAGAAGUUCAAAUGACGGUCAAUCUGCCUCGUUCUGGGGCUCCAUGCAAGAUCUCACCUCGUGGGGCAUCACUGAUCAUGAGGAAGGUGAGGGAUCAGCCCAGAACUACACGGCAGGACCUGGUCAAUGACCUGAAGAGAGCUGGAACCACAGUCUCGAAGAAAACAAUCGGAAACACAUAACGGAUUAAAAUCCUACAGCGCACGCAAGGUGCCGCUGCUGAAGCCAGUGCAUGUCCAGACACGUCUGAAGUUUGCCACUGACCAUCUGGAUGAUCCAGAGAAGCAAUGGAAAAAGGUCAUGUGGUCGGAUGAGACCAAAAUUGAACUUUUUGGUCUGAACUCUGCUCGUCGUGUUUGGAGGAAAAAGAAGGACGAGUACAAACCCAAGAACACCAUCCCAACCGUAAAACAUGGAGGAGGAAACAUCAUUUUUUUGGGACUGCUUCUCUGCCAAGGGUACAGGACGACUGCACCGUAUUGAGGGGAGGAUGGAUGGGCUAUGUAUCGCCAGGUCUUGGCUGACAACCUCCUUCCUUCAGUGAGAGCCCUGAAGAUGGGUCGUGGCUGGGUCUUCCAGCGUUACAACGACCCAAAGCACACAGCCAAGGCAACUAAAGAGUGGCUCUGUAAGAAGCAUCAAGGUCCUGGAGUGGCCUAGCCAGUCACCAGAUCUGAACCCGAUAGAAAAUCUAUGGAGGGAGCUGAAAGUCCGUGUUGCCCGGCAGCAGCCCAGAAACCUGAAGGCUCUGGAGAAGAUCUGCAUGGAGGAGUGGGCCAAAAUCCCUGCUGCAGUGUGUGCAAACCUUGUCAAGGACUACAGGAAACGUUUGGUAUCUGUAAUAGCAAACAAAGGUUUCUGUACCAAAUAUUAAAUUCGAUUUUUGUGUUGUAUCAAAUACUUAUUUCAUGCAAUUAAAUUCAAAUGUAUUAUUUAAAAACCAUACAACGUGAUUUUCUGUUUUUUUGUAUUAGAUUCCGUCCCUCACAGUUGAAGAGAACUUAUGAUACAAAUUACAGACCUCUACAUGCUUUGCAAGUGGGAAAACCAGCAAAAUCGGCAGUGUAUCAAAUACUUGUUCUCCCCACUGUAUUUACACUGCACUGGAUGCUAAAAUCAUGUUGGAUUAUGUACUUGUUUGAUUUUUUGUGAGCAAAUGACUGGAUUAACCAUUAAACCUUCAUUUGACAAGUUUAGUUAGUGGGAGUGCAGCAUUUUGUCCUUCCAUUGGACUUUCUCAUAUUGACCCGAUAGUUUAGAAAAGUCCUCCUGCUACCUAUAUCUUUGCUGGCUGUUGCAAAGCCUCUGUCGACAUGACUCAAUAAGCAUGUUUCAAAAACGCUGUGUCAUUUCAUUGUAUGAUCAGACUUUGGACAAUUACUUAAAUCACUUCAUUUGGACACUUUUUGUGACAAUGAAAGUAGUAGCAAGGGUUUCAACCUUGAGAUUACAAAAUAAUUGAAUAAAAAUCAUUCACCCUGUAUAAAUACCCGCUAACCAUCCAUCCUCCCGCUUUUUGACGGUAAAUGUUGCAGAAUUUAAUAUGUAUAUGGUACCACGGGGAGAGAACUUUGUCAUUGUGACAAAAAGGCAGAUUUUUUUUCCCCCCCAAUAGGCAAUGGUGUGCACAUGCAGCAAUGAAGUAAUUCAUUUAUGGGCCAUCAGCCAAGUAGGGAAAGUGUGUCUAAAACAGUGGUUCUUGACCUGGGUUCGAUCAAACCCCAGGGGUUCAGUGAGUAAGUCUAAGGGGUUCGGUGAAGGUAAAGCAACGAAGAGCCCUAUUUUCGUUCGCUGUUUAAAUCUAAGCAAAGUGACUUUUUAGACCAGGUUUUGGACUGGUUUGUUCCCAAUUUACAGUCUUAAUCCAUUUAACUGCUAGUCCUCAAUCUAAUGAAGGGAGGAAGUUUAGUUUACUAGUUUGCUCAGUGGAAGGUUGACUCGCACUCUGUAAGAGGGAAUACAACAGACCAAUGGGCUGGUCUCAAAUUUUGACCUGUUUAUAAAACAUGCGUUCAAAAGUAUAAUUUUGAACGGGAAUUUGUCAAAUAAUUGGCUUGCUAGCGUAGAUAUAUCAGUUAUGAAUUUGGAUAAUAUGCUUUAUCUAAUUCCGAAGGGGUUUGGUGAAUCCACAUGUGAAACUACUGGGGUUCUGGACCUUUAGGAAGGUUAAGAACCACUGGUCUAGAAAGACAAAUAGAUCUCGAUGUCUUGUGAAAUUACGCUGUCCAAUCACAAUGCCAAGCUGGCCAGGGUAAUAUCCAACAUGGCGGCUGGCUCCAGCCGACGUUUAUAUUGCAUUUCUUCACGUUGCUUGCUUUUUUUUGGAGCUGAAAAUGUGCCAUGAAUGCACAACGCAUCGAGCAUAUGGUGAUUGUGAAAUGGGAAUGCUGGAAGCUUUUUAGAACAAAUGCUGGUAGAAAUUCCAUCAUAAUACGUCAAAAUGCAUGCCUUUAGCACGUGAGCAGACUAGUACUAAGCCCGGGCAUAGAGAUGGCAAAAAUUGUUAUCACGAUAAGUUUUAUCAGUCGAUAUCAACAAUUAACACGAUAUUUUUUCUCUCUCAAGUAUGAAGUCUCAUUUUUGCCACUGAGUGAAAAUAAAGUGACAAAACCAGAUGCUGCUUUAACCAAUCCUUAAUGUCAGAACAAAGAUGCAUGCAUGGUGAUAAACUACUACUCAGCAUUUCACAAACAUGAGGAACAUUGCGCAAAAUUAAAAGUUAAGAAAAUGCAGAACAUUGCACAUGAGGUAAUCUAAAUGCACAGCAUUACACAAAAUCUGAGGUAGACAUGCAAUCCAAAAAAAAAAAAAAAUUAAACUAUAGACAUUUUAAUUCACACUCAGCAACAUGUUAAAGCCUUUUGUGCAUUCGGUCUUAAGAUGUGAACAAAACAGACAAAAUGUUCAGUUUAAAACAAGACGGCCAUUGCUUUAAAGGUUACGGGCCAGAAAAACAAGUCUAUCCACAGUGUCCGGCUUUAAUGCUGCUUUGUGACAGGUCACAAUGUUCCCUCCUGUACUGAAUACACUCUGAGCUGGCGUUCACGUUGCAUCAGUGCCCCCCUUCUCCUUUGGUAAUUACAGUUUAGAACUAUCGACUAAUUGAGCGUUUUUAUUAUUACUGUUAACAAAGCUAAUAUGACGAUAAUUAUUCAUCAUUUUAUCCCCCAGACAUAUAGUUCAUAAUGUUAUUGACGGGACACCGG